AUGAGCGACAACGAUUCCUGGCAAGUUCCAGGCGACGGUCUUUCAGGUGGCCUGCCUCACAACGGCGCAAGCCAUGACGAAGAUGAGCAGCUCAGGAGAGCGAUCGCUUUAUCCGUAGAGGACUGCAGGGCACCCAAGAGACAGAAACGCGAAGAGACGCCCGAAGAGGAGCGCCGCCAGCUGGCCGAGGCUAUGGCAGCAUCCCUCGAGGCCCCUUCUUCCUCGACUCCAUCGACAUCAGACACCCCAAAGCAACCCAAAAGCCAAUCCGCGCCAGGCCUGCAAGAGGAGACGUCCGCCACAGUCUUGAAGAUUGGCGGCCAGACCAUCGACAGGGCGCAGAUGGAGAGAGAGAGAUUGGAGAGGCAAGCGGCUCGAGAAAAGGCCUCAGGAAAGACUCCUGGUCCCUCAGCCCCCGCAGGCAGCUCUAGGCAUCACUCAAUGCCAAGUCCGCACAACGACUCUCAGCAGCCCAGAGCUGCCAACGCUCAUCCUUUCCAGGGAAAUCGCCCAUUCCCCCGAGAUGCUGCUGGAGAAUACUACCUAAGCGGCGAAAUGCGUCACACCUACAACAAGGUUGUCCCGACUCAAGAGCCCAUUUUCACCCCGCAAGAUGUUGUUGGUGCUCACAGCCAAAUAUCUCUGAUCAUCGCGUCUUCCUUUUGUAUAGACGAUCAAUGGGUGGAGGAGGCCAAUAUAUUACCCGAUCCCGGCAGAGUCCCGACCCUCGUUAUUCGACCAUUUCCACGGGAAGAUCUAAACGGAAAAGUGCAAACACUGGCGAACAGCGAGGUUUGGUGCUUUCCGCACAUGGCUGAUCCAAACUGGGGGUCAAUGCACAUGAAGUUCUUCUGGAUCUUCUACAAGAACGGUAGACUUCGCGUUUGCAUUUUGACGGCGAACAUGGUGCAAUAUGAUUGGGAUUUGGUCGAAAAUACUGUUUUUGUACAGGAUUUCCUCCCUCUCUCCAAGCCUGUCAACGAUCUCAGCGAAAGUAUUCCAUCCCACGAUCUUCCUCUUCAAUUCCGCUCUCUGUUUACCUCCAUCCGCGUCCCGGCCGGGCUUCAAGACCUCGCACGUAUUCAUGGAGAGCUCCCUUUGAGUGGUAAAGACAACUUUCGAGAUCUGAACAAGUGGGAUUGGAGUAGAGUCGCUUUCAGGACAGUCAUCAGCACGGCGAAGAAGCACACGGGAGUGGAUAGUGUGGUGGGUUCGGGCAUGGGGAGACUGGGGCGGGUGUUGGAGCUGGAAGGGUGGAAGCCGAGGAGCGGGGAAAAGGUAGCCCUGGAGUACCAAGGAUCCUCUUUGGGGAGAUACAGUAAGAAAUGGAUUGGUGAAUUCUACGCCUUCUGUAUAGGCAAGCCCUUGUCAUCUUUCUCGACGUCAGCUGCGAAGACUUGGCCUCCCCUCAAAGUCCUUUUUCCCUCUCUAGCCACGGUCGACAACUCAUUCGGAAAGAGGGACGGUGGUGGUACGAUGUUCUCUGGCAAUGCGUGGAAUACGGAUGCGAAGGAGCUAUUCCAUGAUGCAAAUUCAAAGAGGAGCGGAAUACUCAUGCACUCCAAGGUCAUUGUGGCCUUGUUUGAGCCCGGAGAGCUGACAGCCUCGUCAUCAAAGACAUCACUCGGCAAACGGAAAGCUGCCGUAGCAGAUGAUGCGCCGAAACAUACCGAUGAGGGCGUUGGGGGAUGGAUGUACAUGGGAAGCCACAACUUUUCACCAUCUGCUUGGGGCACGCUUGAUCUGAAAGCGAGCCCGCCAGCUCUGAAUGUAAAGAACUACGAGCUCGGUAUCGUCUUUCCUUUGCCACGAGGCUACGCGAAGGAUGUGGCGACCAAGAUCGUUCCAUACAAAAGGCCGGCGAGGAGGUAUGGUCCCUCUGACGUACCGUUUGUGAGUUGCGUUCUCUUGGCAUUCCUCGCUCGGGCACACUGA